AUGUCUCAGGAUCUUCACACCACUCGCGUCGCUGCCGGCUACAAGGCCGCGUUGCACAACGACAACGUCUCGGCUGAGGCCAAGGUGAAUGCCGCUCGUCGUCUGGAGGAGCUCGGUGGUGGCGCGUCCGACGCAUCGCACGGCUCGGAGGACCAGCACGAGAACCGCGUUCUCGGUGGCUACAAGGCCACCCUCUCGAAUCCCAACACCGGCACCGAAGCCAAGCGUCAUGCCGAGGAGGUUCUUCGCGCUGCUGGCGUGGAGAGGACCUCCGACGAAACAGAGGACGAGCACCGCAAGCGCGUGAUGGCUGGCUACAAAGCCGCGCUUCACAAUGACCGUGUCAGCGCCGAGGCGAAGGAGCACGCGCGCUCUUUCCUCGCUGAGAACGGAGAGCUUUGA